CGGGCUUGUUACACUCGUGAUUUUGUCCCUUGGCUCAUCAGUCAAACACUCUCACCUCGUCGCGUUCCGCUACCGCGUUUUCCAGCCUCUCAGCUCAAUUCGCCGACCUCGAGUUUUCCUCGUGCAUUUCCCGCCGACUGUGUUUCUAGUACCGCUAGUGCACCCAUCAGCUCUCGGGCAUAACCUUAGGAACCUCUUUCCUUGGCAAGGCCUUCUAUCAUCGUACCUUAUCGACCUGGUCCGCACCCGUGUUCCUUCAAUAGCUAAGAGCUCGCUCUAGAACGCCAGACCACUCGUGACCUAGCUUACCAGCAAUACGGCUGCCAUCCUUCCAUAUCCACUGCUGCCACGUACAGUCUCCCACCAUGAGGGAAUAUAAGCGACGCUCGUUGAGUUCCGACCUCCAGAGAGAGCCACAGCCCAGUCGCUCGCUCAGCUCGAACGCGUUCCGCAAGUCCUCAGUGCUCCUGAGCCAGCUAUCCGCGCCAUCGUUCCCGGCUUUCCAAGCCGUCUGCGACACUCCGCGCGGGCCCUGCCCGCGUUCGCGCAGCCUUUUCUCGGACACGAGCGAUGUCGCAUUGCCGUCGGCGAUUUUCGCCAGCGACUCUGCAAUCGCUGCCUGCGCUGGCGACUCACCGUGUGAUCGUUCGAGCCAGGGCAGUAGCGCGUGUCUGUCGCGCAACAACAGCAACGCCAGUCGCACGUGCGACGAGCCAGAGAUCAUCAGCCCCAAGUUGCGACUACCGACGUCACGCGAGUUCAGUCGCUUGCGACUCUGCUCGUCGGAGGCGGGCCCCAGCUCGUCACUCUUUUCGCGAAAAGUCGCCUCGCCGUUACGCAAGCGAGACGACAACGCGCGACUGAAGCGAAAACGGCCGCCCAUGCUCAACAUCCCCGCAAAGGAUUCCUUCUCCGCGUCCCCGACAACGACGCCGGGAAAUACGCCGGGUAACACGCCGGGAAGCACGCGCGCGAGGGAGGCGGAGGAGGCGGCGAGCGAGCUCGUCGCGGUGGGGCCGUCGUACGCCGUGAUGUGCAAAAAAGGGCGGCGCGAGUUCAUGGAGGACGCGUACCAAGCCAUCCCCCAGUUUGGCACGUCCCCCGGCAAUGCCUUCUUCGGCGUGUUUGACGGCCAUGGCGGCACCAUGGCGGCGCGAUUCGCGGCGGGCAACAUCGCGGGGAACGUGUUGAAAGCGGCGCAGCAGGGCGCAGAGAGCGCGGAGGCAGCUAUGGUGGAGGGCUUUAAGGAGACCGAUAAACAGUUUUUGCAACAGAAUCUGGGCAGCGGCGCGGCUGUGGUGACGUGUUGGGCUGCUCCCGGUUCACUCCACGUGGCACACGCAGGCGACUGCCGCGCCGUGUUGUGCCGAAAGGGCGCGGCGAAUGUGCUGACGUCAGAUCACAAGGCAUCGCGGGAAGACGAGCGCGACAGAAUCGAGAAUCUGGGAGGUCACGUAGACAAUUUUACGGGCACAUGGCGCGUGCAGGGGGUGCUGGCUGUUACAAGAGGCCUUGGCGAUGCUAACUAUAAGGAGUACAUCACGCCGGAACCAGAGGUCGUGCAUGUACCCGUUACAAAAGACUGCGACUUCCUUAUAAUGGCGUCCGACGGCCUCUGGGAUGUGGUGACCAAUCAAGAGGCUGUAGACAUCGCGCGGUCGUGCCUGGAACCAGAGAUCAGAGCAUACAAGCGCAACAACCCUCCCUCCCACAAAACCAGUGCAUCCUCCCUCUCCUCCCUCUCCACCAUCCCCUCCUUCUCCUCUACCUCCACCGACUCCUCUCUCACUCUCAACUCCCUUAACUCGGACGGCAAAGAAUCUGCGUCUGAUGAUGGUCUGACAACACCGUCCCCAGAUGCCCAUCAGAGCAUCAAGCUCAACCCACUGGUCCUAAAAACGCCUCGAGAGCGUUCGGGCAGCUUUUCUGCUUCUGUUGCGACUCUGAAGCAGGUAACCGAAUCAGCCCAAGAAGGGGAUAACCAGGGCCCAGAUCUUGCCGCCUGCUCUCCCACCGAGGAAUCUGACGUGUCCUCCAGUAGUGAAGACUCGGGGAAUGAGGAGAGUGAGGAGGGGAAUGACGAGGGGAGUGAGGGGAGUGAGUCUGAGGGUGUUGCUGGCAUGCAGGGGAAAGCGCUAGGAACCGAAGAGUCGGUGAAAUCCGCACUGCUGCUGGCGUGUCAGAAAUUGGUGGAAGCUGCUGGGAAGCGAGGCAGCUAUGAUGACACGAGUGUCAUGGUCGUAUCACUGGCGCACUACAUGGUCUGACAUGGCCGUUAAGAUUGAAGCGAUUUGCCGUCUGCUGGUCCUCACAUGGUCCGCGGACACGAGUGUCAUGGUGGUAUCGCUGGCAGAGUUCAGGGUCUGAUGCCGCAUGGUCGGUUGGGUUGACGAUGUGACUUUUGAGUCGACUCAAAAGUCAUCUGAGUUCAGGGUCUGAUGCCGCAUGGUCGGUUGGGUUGACGAUGUGACUUUUGAGUCGACUCAAAAGUCAUCUGAGUUCAGGGUCUGAUGCCGUAUGGUCGGUUGGGUUGACGAGACCUGCGAGCGUGCUGGUGUUGGAAACUGAGGUCCUGGUCCGAAGCUGCUGUUGGAGACCGCUGCAAAGCGAGGCAGCAAAGCGAGGCAGCAAAGGGAGGCAGCUUUGAUGACACCACUGUCAUGGUCCGCUACAUCCUACAAUGCAGCCACUUCGAGUGUAGCCAGUUGGUUACCCAACUAAAGGGACCGAAAGUGCGCAUGGUAGAUGGCAUAUGGCCACCAAGUGUUGGCAUACACUCAUGGCACAGUAAGCUGCCCUGCGGGUGACAUGUUUUUCCUUUUUUUACCCAAGUCUAUUGGGUUAUCUACCUCCAUCCACCCGUAUAUUGUAUACACUUUUCUUCAUUUAGUGGUGCAAACCUUGAGGAAAUAGUCUCCUUUUAUUGAAGUAAGUAAACCAUGUGUUUAUAG